CACCCCCCAUUGCAGACCAGCUGGGGGCAGGACCAUCUCCUCCCCUCCCACCCCCCAUUGCAGACCGGCUGGGGGCAGGCGCCUCUCCACCCCUCCCACCCCCCAUUGCAGACCGGCUGGGGGCAGGCGCCUCUCCUCCCCUCCCACCCCCCAUUGCAGAUCAGCUGGGGGCAGGCGCAUCUCCACCCCCCCAUUGCAGACCAGCUGGGAACAGGAGCACCCCCCCAUUACAGACCCCCACUCACCCCCAUUGCAGACACAGUUGGAGACGGAAGCAUCCGACCCAGUUGGGGGGCAGCAGUUGUGUGGUGGUAGGAUCUACCCAUCCAAGGUCAGAGAGAAGCUGUAGCCUUGGAAGUUUAAUACCAGCCUGGAGUGGUCAGAACGGACGCCCGUGAUCAUCUAGACUGACCUCCUGUAUAACACAGGACUUCCUGAACUAAUUCCUGUUGGAACUAGAGCAGAUCUCUUAGAAGAACUUCCAAUCUUGAUAUAAAAUUUUCCUGAGAUGGAGAAUGUAGCACAGCCUUUGGUUGGAAAUGGAGGAUGUCUGUUGGAUGCUCUGACUAGGAUGCUUUCGCAAGCCAGAGCAUCCCUGCUACUCACUGCCUGAUGGAUGGCUCAGAAGUGCAGGAGCUGAUAGAUUUUAAACACCUCCUCAGAGAUGCCCGAUGAGACGCUUCAGAACAGCAGCGGGAUGGAGGAAGCAGUGCAGAGGGAGAACAAGGCUGGACCACGCAGCCCGCACCGAGGCUCCCUGCGGAGAGCUGUGGCUACGGCAGUGACCUUUGAUGGAGAAGCCACUAUGGACAGAAGGAAAAAGAAAAAGAAAGAGUCCCGUCCAGAGUCUAUUAUAGUUUAUCGGUCGGAGAAUGAAAAUAAGGUGGAGGAGGAGCAGGCGGAGGAGGAAGGAAGGGAGAGAAGUUCAGAAGAAGGCUCCAAGUUCUUGGGAAAUUCCGUGGCAGAUGGUGGCUGGAGCAUGCCCUUAGACAGCCGAUAUGUUACUUUAACUGGAACUAUCACCAGGGGGAAGAAGAAGGGCCAGAUGGUGGACAUCCAUGUUACGCUAACAGACAAAGAACUACAGGAGCUGGCUAAGUCAAAGGAGCCUCCAAAAGAUGAGACACCAGAAGGGAAGAAGACUUGCGACGUUGGAUUGGACAGGGGCCCCCAUAUCCUGCUCUGGAGCAUCAUCUGCCUUCCUGUCAUCUUUGUAGUGUCCUUUGUGGUUUCCUUUUACUACGGAACCAUCACUUGGUACAACAUCUUCUUGGUGUACAAUGAAGAGAGGACCUUCUGGCACAAGAUCACCUUCUGCCCCUUACUCAUUAUCUUCUAUCCUGUCAUAAUCAUGGUCAUGUCUUUCUUCCUAGGCUUAUAUACAGCGGUUACCCAAAUUGCGUGGUCCUUCGGUGGCUGGUGGCACGCUGUGAGAGAUAUGGAGAAGGGAUUCUGUGGCUGGUUGUGUAGCAAGCUGGGCCUAGAAGACUGUUCCCCAUACAGCAUUGUUGAGCUGCUAGAUUCUGACAAUAUCUCAGGUAGUCUGUCUGGCAAAAGCUCUGCACAAGGCGUUGAGACUUCAACAGUCUGAGGCUUUGUCCUGCCUGACUCUGACUUUCUUGAUCACGUGUAUUAUGAAUGGUGCACCAGACAAAGAACUACACUGACUUUUUUAUCUUUGAGCACACAUGUAGAGAAUGAAAAUUUGGGAGUUGGGGGGGAGGAGAGGAGAUUAAAUGUGCACAGAGCACCAAAAUGCCGGAUGGGAGUCUGGCAUUUGUUAUCAGGUGAACAUGCAUGGUUAUUUCAUAGGGCAGCUUAGCUGAUCUGUUUAAUAUUUGGUUUUAGCAAAUCACAACUGUGUGUAAUUGUGAGAAGAUCCAGGUGUGUGGGGUGAAGGAUGGAAGCUGUAUAGGUAUGUUGGGAUGAGCGGCAAAAGCCCCACACUUCUGCAAAAGGCAGUUCUAGUUUUAGCGUGGAAAGGAUGGACCAUAUAGUGAAUAUAGACCUAGCUAAAGAAGUCUGUUCUCUGGACAGUCCCUGUACCCAACACCUGCUGAAAUCAGGAGAUCUGUGCUCAUGUGGUGCUAGAGGCUAGAUUGCAAAGUGCAUGGUGUUACUAAAGUUGUCUUAGAAACGGGUAUGUUGGGAAAGGUGUUUCACUAGUUCACACCAGUGCAACAAACCUUGCAGGUAGUCUGGCUGCUGCAGUGAAGAAUGUAUAAUGGCUUGAAAGGGAACCUCGAUACUGAAUAUCUGGUUUGGUGUGCAAGCAAAAACUCAGGUUGUGCCAAAAGGUUCCUCCUUUCUUAAUCCUAAUUAUAUAGCAGCAUAAGAAAGAAGCAUCUCCACUGAACAAGAACCAGGAGUUUGUACUUGUGAAUGCAGUUUGUGUUUGUGUGGAGCAGUAGCACAUGUAUUUAGAGCGGCACGGAUGAUGUGUGCAGGGGGAAAGUCUUUCUACAUGGAUAUGAGGCAACAGAAUGGCCUAUCUUGCUGUCCUGAUAGGGCAGUGAAUCUGCCCCUUGGGAAUGGGAGAUCCUGAGCCUGCAUCAUUUAGCGUUAAUGCAAAAUGCAUUAGUCUCUCCGGCUGGAAAUCCCACCCCCAUUUCUUGACUCCAUGUCUCCAUACAGUUAAUUAUACUGAGCGGUGAUGGACUUCAACCUUCAUUUUAAGUCUGUUCCCUUCCCCCCCUUUCUUCCUCUGCAUCUCCUCCUAGAGGAACAUUUUUAAGACAUUUAAAGCCAGGAAUCAGAAAGGAACUUCUGUGCCAAUCUUGACUGUCCAGUUUUGGACUGGGAAGGUGGGUAGUAGUUGAAUUACAGGUGUCCAAAAGAUAGUUGUAGUUUAUAAGUAGCCUGCGCACAUAUACCUAUACAGCCGUGGCUUUCAACCUUUUUUCACUUCCAGACCUAAAAAAUGUUGAAUGGAGGUGCAGACCCCUUGGAAAUCUUAGGCAUAGUCUGCGGACACCCAGGGGUCCGUGGGCCACAGGUUGAAAACCACUGCUCAACAGCAAAGUUGGUGCCAGUGAAAGGUCUGGAGCCUGAACCCUCUACUUCCGCAUCCCCAGGGUACAGACGUUAAAGGGAGCAACGGAUCAAUCUUUUCCUUCCUUGCAUCACUCCCAGCCUGGAAGGGCCCACCAGUCACAUGCAUGGAGAUAAGUGAUUCAUAGUGUGCAAUCUAUUCAAACAAUGUGGCCUUCAUGGGUGUAUCUGUAUGCACUUUUCUCCCCUACCAGAGGGCUUAUCUGCUUUAGUCUUGGGGUUGCUGAAAGCUUGUUUCUCACACAGUGGGUUUAGCUGGGACACUGACCUUCCCAGCAUGGGGACUUGGCUUGUUUAAAACUGUGUGUGUAUGCGUGACCUCUUUCUUCUGCAGCUCACGGCUAGGCACUGGCGACAGGCCGGAUAGGAUGCAAAGCAGCCUGCUUUAGGUACAGCUGUAUUUCCACAUCUGUGCUUGCUCCAGCUUCACUCUUCCGAAUCUGGUGCCCGGAGAAGUAAACAAACGACAGCACCUUGGCUGGCGAAACCGCAAAACCAAAUGUGUGCCAAAGAGAUAGUGAACAAAAUCCCUGGAGCAAAGAGAUUAAAGCCAGCCACAAGCAGAGCCUCUUGGCUUCCGUGAAUAGCAUCAUAUGUUAAAGAGAAUCUCCUUGUCUCUUUUCACAUCAGACGAAUCUCAGUAGAAUUUUACUCCACCUGACACUGAUCCCUUUUUCCAGUUAGAGGGGAACGGGGCAUUGGUCAAGCCCCUGCUUAUGUCUGUAGUUGUUGUGACAAGGAGUGGGAUCCCGACUUGGAAUUGUGUCUUGCAGGGUCAUGGGAAAUGAAGAGAAUGCAGUUGGCUCCUUGGACUUUCUGUACAAAAAUCUAAACGGCUGGGCACGCUUUUGUGCCCAACACCUGGGAAGCCCCUAAACAUUUGGGAGAUUUCUGAAUUUGUAGUGCCAGUGUCUUUUAAACCACGGUGGAAUAUUCAGCUCUGAAACGAAUGCUCCUUAACUUGGAGAGAGUAGGAGUGGUUAUGGUAGGGAAGGCAGAAACUCUGGACCAAAGACAUUUGAACCAACUCUGGACUGAUGCACAAAUUGUCCCAAUCUGUUAUUCUUUGGCUUUAUCCCUUCUGCCAAGGAUCUCAAAGCACCGUGAGAACGUCUGUGAAUCCUGGCAUUGCCACUGCCAGGUGGGGGUGCUAUGCCUAUUUUAUAGGUAGGGAACUGUGGUACGUAGGAGGUGAGCGACUUGCUAGAGAUCACCCAGCACCUCACUGGUCUAGCCAUGAAUGGAACACGUGAGUCCUGACUCCUAGUCUCCUCUAACAGAUAUGGUCCAUUUGCAAUUGUCUGAUACCCCAGUCUCACUUUUAUUAGCAGUUUCUUAAAGACAGAGGGUCCUCUCUGGUAGGAAACAAACCUUUGAGACAAUAGGCAAUACCUUGCUCUCAGAAAAAAUCACAAAUCUAUGCAGCAUUGGGGCCAAUUCAAGCAAAGGUAAUGCCUCCCCCAAAGCUAUUCUCCUGGAGUCGUUCUCCUAGGGGCCUGACCUGACGCUUUUUCCUGUCUUCUGACGUCAGUAAUAAGAAGUGCGAGAGGUAAGUGGCUGAGCCUUGGCCGUCUGUUUCAAUUGGCCCAGGGCCACUGAUCCAUUCUGAAAUACCCCACUCAGGAACAGCCGGUGCGCAGAAGUCUGGAAGAGCUUAAGUUGUACAAAGCUGGGAGAGGGUUAGUCAUGUGAACUCUCCCUUAUGGGACACUGCCAGCCUCCUAUCCUCACAAGAUGCACCAGGCUGAUUCAGAAGACUGUUUUGUUUACUUUGGGUCUGCUGCAUAUAGUUCGCAGUCGGGGCUGGGGGUGGGAAGGCAGGCAGGCAUCAUUGCAGGUGGAGAGGGAAGAGCAGAGCAGUUCAGUCAAGUCAAACAGUGAAUGCUCAGAGCUGAGUCAACAGCAUAAAGGGCCCUUUAGCUCCCAGAGGGCUUGGAUGGUAAAUACUAGACACAACACAGCUUUGUACAGUGUCCGUUCUCUGCUCUUGGAUUCACCGUGAAGAUUGCAAGCAACCUGCUGGAGAGGAACGGCCGAAAUCAAAUGUGUGCCUCUUACUGCCACGUAAACCCAAAAGAGGGUCAGAUGAACUGUCCUCCUCAUACAUACAUUACAGUUAGGCUGUUGGACAUGCUGUGACGCCCCUUUAAUGGAUUAUAUAUGAAAUCUGUUUUCUACUUGGAUACAAAUACCAGGUCUGUGCCUAGUCCUGUUGUCCUCAGUGGGCUGGUCCACCACUGACUUCACUGGGAGCUGGUUUGGACCCUCGGAGACUUCUGGUGCUAUUUGUAGUAGCUUUAGGACCUUUCUAAAACCAAAACACUAGACUAUUUUUUCCUCCCACCUACUUGCCUAAUGCUGCAAAGUAUUUAUAAGCUUAAGAACCUGAUGUGAUUGCUUGCUUCAUUCCUCCCCUCGCUGUUUAAAAGCUCAUGAAUAUUUUUGCUUAUGGGCCAUUGCCAAACUGCAGGGAUCCCCAGGAAUCAGUCCCACUGGCUGAAUGUGUCUCCGGCUGCCCCUGUUUGGAUGUAGGCUUUAAUGUAAUGGAACGGUCUCUGUUGAUUUUUGACUGUGCUUUCCCCGUCCCAUCCUGGCUGGCCUGGUGGAGAGUAAAGAUGCAUCUGGCUUUGGGAGAGUGACACGCUCACCUUCUUGCUUGGCUUUGUAUUUAAAAAAAAAAUAAUAAUCAUACAAUGCUGUUGUUUUCCGUGCUGAUGAACGAUUAUAAAUUGUCUCUGUCUAGAGUCCAAAAUUAA